AUAACAACCCUCCCCACGAGCCCGGAGGAUGGGGUUCGAAUUUGAAAACCGGAGCUCCAGGGAUUGACUGGAGGGCGGCGAGGCGAUGAUGGAGGAGGAGGAGAAGACCACAGAGGGCGGUGGAAUGGGCAAGGGGCCUCCGGCGGCGGCGGCGGAGGCGGAGGCGACGGAGGAGGUGGAGGAAGGAGAGAUCGUGGCGGAUCCGAACACCUCGGAGGUGGAGGAGGGGCCGCGGCGGUUGCGGCAGAGCCAUCCUCUGGAGCACUCGUGGACCUUCUGGUUCGACAACCCCUCCGCCAAAUCCAAGCAGGCCGCUUGGGGAAGCUCCAUCCGCCCGGUCCACACCUUCUCCACUGUUGAAGACUUCUGGGGUCUUUACAAUAAUAUACAUCGCCCAAGCAAAUUGGCUGUUGGAGCGGACUUCUCUUGUUUCAAAUACAAAAUAGAGCCAAAAUGGGAGGACCCAGUGUGUGCAAAUGGGGGAAAAUGGACCAUAAGCUGCUCUAGGGGGAAGGUUGAUACGUGGUGGUUAUACACAUUGUUGGCUAUGCUCGGCGAGCAGUUUGAUCAUGGUGAAGAAAUAUGUGGGGCAGUCGUCAAUGUACGAGCAAAACAAGAGAAGAUUUCCAUAUGGACAAAAAAUGGUUUGAAUGAAGCUGCUCAGUUGAGCAUUGGGAAACAAUGGAAGGAGAUCCUGGAUUACAAUGAGACCAUUGGUUUUAUACUGCAUGAUGAUGCAAAGAAGCACGACAGAUUUGCCAAGAGUCGAUAUCAAAUAUGAUCUUCCUGUUUUAACAAGUAGAAUGAACCUAUGAUUUGCUUUUUCUAGCAUCUAACUAGAAGCAUGAGGCGAUGACAUCAAAUAGUGCUGAUGACAUUUUCAGUGGAUACUGAUGAUUUAUUUCUUCGGUGAUGGUCUUGUUCCUUCUUGAUCCCUGUAUAGCUUCUUGCGCUGUCAGCCUAGCUGCUAAUAUCUUUGAAUGCUGACUUAUAGUAAUGUUGACUUAAUGCUCCCUUUGUGGUGUUGAUUUUCCUCUUGAUA